CUUUACGACAAAGCGAGUAUUUCAAUGAAGAAAUAGAGAGAGAACACGGACACAAAAGUCAGAACCAAAACCUAUACAAAGGCAUUUUUUUGGUCAGCUACUACUAGAUGGCAGCGGUGGCAGCUUCCACUUCCACGGCGGCGACCGCCGUCUUGAUGCACCGUCUCCCCACUACCAAAUCCACCCACUUCUCUGCCUUGCCUUAUCUUCCACCCCGUUUCUCUGCACCGGCCUUUUCUACUUCAUUCAAGCACUCUUCAGAGUUGAGGAGGUCUUUUCUGCUUCAGAUCAAAGCCUCUUCAUCAGAUGAGACAUCUACCCCCGUUGAUGCUAAUGAAUUAUUUACUGAUCUAAAGGAAAAGUGGGAUGCUGUUGAAAACAAGUCGACUGUACUUCUCUAUGGAGGUGGUGCAAUUGUUGCGGUUUGGCUUGCUUCCAUUGUAGUUGGUGCAAUAAACUCAGUCCCUUUGCUUCCAAAGAUUAUGGAACUGAUCGGGCUUGGAUACACAGGGUGGUUUGUGUACCGUUACCUUCUUUUCAAGUCCAGUAGAAAAGAACUGGCUACAGACAUUGAAGCAAUAAAGAAGAAGAUUGCUGGAACUGCUGAAUAAAUGCUUGCGUUCUGGCGCAAAAUUCGUUCUCUAUUCGUCCCAACCUCUGAUCAAAUUUAUUUACGUAUUCUGUAUAUCUUGUUGUGAUGUAGAAUUCGCGCCUUUCUUCUUUGAAUAGUACUCUGUAAUCUAUUCAUGCGUAUGACUAUACUCGAGCUUUUUUCUCAUUUAUCAAACGUUAUUAACUUUGUGGUGCA